AUGGCAACUUCUACGCCCAAUGAUCAGCGCCCAGAGCAAAUUUCCAUCUCUCCUCUCCUCCAGCGUCUCGCAUACCCCGCGGCAGCAGGUAUCCGAGUGAGCGCAGAAGACCUGCCUGAGGUGACUGCGGAAGAGAUUGCUUCUGCUUUUGCUUUGAUCUUCGAGGACCGACUCUCUCACAUUCAGACUGCUGCUUUCCUCACAUUGCUCCACUCAACUGGGAAGGACAGGCAAGCCGAUGUGAUUGCAAAAUGUUCUCAUUGCAUGCGGAAGGCCGCUUGCCAGCCUGAGCAGGGCCCGAUUAUGAACAUUAUCCGAUCUCGCGGAAUGGGAGAAGGAAACUAUAAGGGUGGAUUGUGUGAUAUUGUCGGAACUGGAGGAGAUUCUCAUUCAACCUUCAACAUUUCUACAACUUCCUCAAUCGUUGCAUCUCCCCUUUUGAUGACAGCCAAACAUGGAAACCGCGCUCAGACAUCGACCUCUGGCGCCGCGGACGUUCUCAGUGCCAUCCAGCCCAUAUCGCCCAACAUCGCUGCCGUUACAGCUGAUAAUUUGGCCCUGGUCUACGAGAAGACCAACUAUUCUUUCUUGUUUGCUCCGAACUUCCACCCAGGCAUGAUGUACUCCAACCCUGUACGCAGGGGUCUCGGCCUCCGAACAAUUUUCAACCUCUUGGGCCCGUUGGCAAACCCCGUUGACUGGGCAUUGGAAGCACGUGUCGUCGGUGUGGCAUACCAGAGCCUUGGACCAGUAUUUGCUGAUGCUUUCAAACAAUCCGGAGCAAAGAAAGCCAUGAUUGUUUGUGGCGAGGAGGACAUGGACGAAAUCAGCUGCGCUGGAAAGACAAACUGCUGGAGACUUUCCGAGUACCCCAACCCUGAAUACAAAGCGUCCAAAGAUGAUAAGGAUGACCCAAGUGACGAGGAUACCAACAAUCCCCGUACACUGGUCAAGAUCGACACUUUCCAGCUCCAGCCAUCGGACUUCGGUCUCUCUAACCACCCCCUUAGUGAUGUGGGCGGACGCAAGUUGCCCAAGGAUAACGCAGCCAAGCUGAUGAGUAUCCUCCGAAAUGAGCUUGCUCGAGAUGACCCUAUCUUGGAGUUCGUUCUUAUGAAUGUGGCCGGUCUCCUUGUCACCUCGGGCAUCUGCGAGGCCGAUACCAGCAACAUGGGACCUGGCGAUGAUGGCAAGGUCAUCACCGAGCGCGGUCCUGGCGGUGGCCGCUGGAAGGAGGGUGUGCGCCGGGCCCGCUGGGCAAUCGAGAGCGGAGAGUCUCUGAAAAACUUGGAAAAAUUUAUAGAAGUUACUAACCUGCUCUAA